UCGCCAUUUCCUACAGAGCCCCGCCAACACCUCCAAAACUCCCCGUGGUCAGGGAAAAGCGUAGUGCUAGAGAGAUGGAUGGCCGCCAUCUGCUGGGUGCCGCAGGAGCUGCGAGAGCGAACCAGAACAAUGCCAAGAUCGUCAGGAUGGCGGUGCCCGUUCUGGCCAUGCUGCUGCUGCUGCUCACGGCGGCGGCAGUCUCCAUGACGGCCGACGACCGGGCCUGCCUCCGCGCCUUCUUCCGCAGCCACAUGUUCCUGAUGUUCUGCGUGCUCGUGAACACCACCUCCGGCUGUGCCCUGGCGUGGAUGGCCGUCACGGCGCCGACGCAGGCUGCCCGGCGCUCGUACGCGGAGUCCACCGUCGCGUCCUUCGUGCUUCUUGCCGUCAAUCUGCACUCAGCCUUGUCCAACCUCCCGGAUGUCGGCGAUGCUGCUUAGGUUCGCUGCGCGCUUGUUGAUGUGCCUGCUGAAGGAUCGAAGAUGGAUCAUUUUGGAGCUCGGAGAUGCGCCGUUUGAGUUACUACUGCUCCUAGAUGGUGUUUUAUGCUAGUAUUGGGGACAUCUCUGUCUUAUCUUUUGUUGUUGUUGUCGUCUGUCUGUUUUCUUCAUCUGGGUUUUAGACUGUCUGUUUGCAUCUGCUGCUUUAAUUGGGAUCCCUAGAAUCUUCCAUUCAGAAGGGCUUAAAUUUGUUUAGCUGAAGCUUUGAACGUUUGGAUGCAUGUGACUGAGAACUUUGA